GCAAUGGCUUCUUUGUUCACCACCCUCCCCUCUCUUUGCUCUUCUUUUAAUCACUCUCCUUCACUUGCUAUCACUUCUCCUCUCAUCCGACCCACUUUUAAGGACACAUCCUCUUCUCGAUUUUCGCUAAAAUUCUCAAAAAUCUCUCCUCUUUCCCCGGUCAUUCGUGCUCAAAGUGCUCCAACGGAGGACUUUCCUGAUGCUAAGUUUUACAAAGUGGAGGCAAUAAUCAGAGCUUGGCGGGUCCCAAAAGUUUCUCUGGCCCUGUUGCGAAUGGGUAUUCGUGGGGUGACUGUUUCUGAUGUUAAAGGCUUUGGUUCACAAGGCGGUAUGAAGGAAAGGCAUGCUGGUUCUGAAUUUGGUGAAGAUAUGUUUGUUUCCAAAGUCAAGAUGGAGAUCGUUGUGUGCAAAGAUCAGGUGGAAGCGGUGAUCGAGAAGAUCAUCGAAGAAGCAAGAACAUCUCAAAUCGGAGAUGGCAAGAUUUUUGUGAUACCGGUCGCUGAUAUAAUUCGGGUUCGCACAGGAGAGCGUGGCGAAAAGGCUGAGCGUAUGAGUGGAGGACGGUUCGACAUGUCCUCUUCCGAAGCUUAG